GCUGUAGGUAAUUAGAGGACGAGAGACGUGCAAAACACGUGUUUAUUGGUCGCCUAUAAAUUACUUGCACUUCUCAUUCUCAAUCAGUUGUUCAAGUGAACUUAAAAUGAUUCGAGUAAUUGUGGCUUACAUUGUGGUCGUCAUAGCGAUGCUGUGUAUUACACAACUUGCUUUUGGCGAAGCCAUCCCCGAUCAUCAUUCCGGUCAUCAUGGAGGUGGAAGUCAUCAUGGAGGUGGAGGUCAUCAUGGCGGUGAAGGUCACCACGGAGGUGGUAGUCAUCACGGAGGUGGCGGUCAUCACGGAGGCGGCGGCCAUCAUGGUCACAAGAAUCAUCACUAAUUUGUUGUCUAUGUCAACAACAAUAUUUAUAAGAAAUCCAGUUUGUUUCUUUGCAGAAAUAUUGUAUGUGUAUGUCUUCUUC